AAAUGAAAUACAAGGAGGGUUGAGCAGAAGGGAUAUAAGGUGCCACCCGACCCACCACUAAGCACCCAGCCCUUACUAUCACCAUGCGCCCAGCUCUGUUACUUACCUUCUGCUUCAUCACUGGGAUCACAGCUUCCCCAGUGCCACCUUCCUCUUCCUGCUCGGCCCCCUGUGAGUGGACGCCAUGGAUCAAUGUGGACAGACCAACCAAUACAACGGAGGGCGGAGACUUUGAGACGCUGGAUAAUAUCAGAGAGGCGGGAUAUAAAAUCUGUCAGGCACCACGGGACAUUGAAUGUCGUUCCGUCAGAUACCCAUAUAUGCCAUUACGUGAGCUAAAGGAUGCAGUUGAGUGCAGUGCUAACAAGGGCCUGAUCUGCUCUAACCAGAAAAGUGGGGGGGAAUGCCUGGAUUAUGAGGUGCGUCUGCUGUGCUGUCCCUGUGACCAGAUAUUCAAUUCCCAAGAACUAGGAACCCCUUCACCUCUGCAACAGAGCACAGGCAGUAAAGACAAUAACUACAAGAACAACACCACCUGCUCCUGGUCCCAGUGGUUUAAUAUCUUCAAUCCAACCUCUGGCCCUGAUGGUGGGGACUUUGAGACUUUUGAGAACAUAAGGGCUAAAGGGUAUACUGUAUGUAGUGCGCCCCAAGCAGUGAUGUGUAGGCUGGUCAGAUUUCCCUAUAUCCCCUUGGACCAACUGAAUUAUACUCAGGAAUGUGGGGUUUCUCAAGGCUUGGUUUGUGAAAAUAAAAACCAAGGUAAUGAUACCUGCUUGGAUUAUAAAAUCCAGAUUUUAUGCUGCACUAGUGAUAACUCCAGCAGUGCACUAUGGGGGGUGGAAACCUCUGUAGCACCUGAAGAAGGCCAGUUGGCUAAUGCAACAGAAGCCACUUUGCAAAGUCGUUCAUUGUUUACAAGUGGACCCACUUCCUUAUUUGUAAGUCCAUCAGCCUCUCCAACCACAAUUGAUGCAACAGUGCCCCCCAAUACUAAUCCUGAAUCUGCUCCCCUAUUUGAAGAAGAAGGAAGCUCAUCUGGCAUGGAAGGAGUCUUCUCUCCUGUGACUUUGGAAACAAUGACUACAGCAGUGCCCCCCAAUAAUAUUCCUGAAACUUCUCCACUGUUUGAAGAACAAGGAAGCUCAUUUGGCAUGGAAGAAGUCUUCUCUCCUGUGCCUUACACAACUGUGCUCCCUGAUAAUAAUGAAACUGCUCGACUGUCUGAAGAGCAAGGAUACUCAUCUGGCAUGGAAGAACUCAGCUCUCCUGUGCCUUACACAACUGUGCUCCCUGAUAAUAAUGAAACUGCUCGACUGUCUGAAGAGCAAGGAUACUCAUCUGGCAUGGAAGAACUCAGCUCUCCUGUGCCUUACACAACUGUGCUCCCUGAUAAUAAUGAAACUGCUCGACUGUCUGAAGAGCAAGGAUACUCAUCUGGCAUGGAAGAACUCAGCUCUCCUGUGCCUUCAAUGACAAUUACUAUAACAGGGCCCCCUGAUAAUCAUUUGAACCACCAUAACAUUGCUAGAAGAGAGGCUGGGGAGUUCACAAUGCUUAAGAAUAAUGGUUACUCGCCAGUAUUUUUCAUUGAUCCGACAUAUUUACCUACAAAACCAAUUGAUGCACCUACAAAGAAGAAAAAAAGGUAUCCUAUGCCUUCUUCCCCAUUUAUAGUAACAUUUCCACCUGAUAAUAAUAAUCUCGAUGGCCCUGAUAUGUCAGGAAGUGGAAUGGACAUGGUCGAUAACUUCAGAGAACAGGAGAACAACUAAUUCCACAGAGAGGGCGCUCUCCAUCCUAGAUCCUACACUAUUACCAAUCACAAUAAGAUUUCCCUCUGAAAAAUGAGGACAAGUCUGGACAAAAGGCUUAGCCAAUGACAAUGGGCAUAGGGAGUGUCGAACAGCAAAAAAAGAAGCAUAAGGGACAUUGUAUCGAUUUAUUAUGGAUUUGUAAAAUUCGUGCUUGGUAUACAAAGUUAAUCCCUAGGGUUCUAUGUUUAGAUGUUCUAUGUUCUAUGUUCCACCAUUUUGCAUGAUAAUAUGGUCACUGGGGUUAUGUAGACCCGAUGUUGUCCACUUCUGUUCUCUGCACCAGUGGUUCUUUUACAUUUCCAAGUUAGGAAAUGACUUUGUAUUUCAUCAGACAUUUUUAUUUUUGGGGUGCUAUCCCGCCUAGGCUUAGUGAUGUAUAGAUAAAGGUGGGGAAAUAAACAGAUAAAAGGGGAUGGCUGGAAUACAGUAGGGAGAAUACACGGAAAGAUUUAGAUUAAUGUCCCACUUGGUGUUUUCUCUGCCGGCAGAAAAAUGCCAAUUUCCCUCGGAACCACACACACAGGCAAAUAUAGACAGAUAGAAACUGCCUGCCAGUGCACACAGGGGUCAGAUUUUGGCCUGAAGAUGCACGUCAUUAGGCCAAAAUCCACUGUGUGUGCACAGUGAUAAGCAGUUACCAUUACAAUCUAUGUCUGGUUCAUUUCCCCCCAGCAACAAACAGUGACAUGUGCCACUAACCUAAGGGGGCAAAUGACUGCAAGCAGAUUUACAGUACAAUGAAGACUUUGGCCACUAGAGUGGAGGGGGGUGGGAUAUGUAACAUUUCCUGCUGAAUUGUUUUAAUAAAUAAUCUGUUUUAUAUGA